AUGCCGAUCACUCGUAGGCAAGUUAAGUCAGGCUCUAUUCCCCAUGACGAGGCAUUUGCCCAACCUUCGGACACCAAGGCCGAGUAUUUGGAUUUGACCAAAAAGUUACCAUUCUCCAUCUUCGACGACGACUCCGACGACGCCCUACUUUAUGGACGAGACGUCAAGGCGCUGCGCGAUGCCAUCACAUCUGCCAUCGAGCAGGUCUAG